AUAGAAAGUAUAUUAUCUUUGGUCAUAUAACAUUAAGUAUUAAUAAAUUUUACAUAGAAAACCGAAAACUUCAUAUAAUUUGGAAUAUAAAAAUUCUUCUAUAACGAAUUAUAUAAAAAAAAUGAGGGAGUAUCUAACAGAUCACAUAGAAAGUCAUGUAUUUGAUACAUCGAGAUAAAUAAAUUCAAUUUUGUAACAGCUGUAUUUUGUAUCAAUAUUUAUAUAUGAGGGGGUCCAUAAUAAAAUCACUAAAUUCAAGAUAUCGGAUGCUUCAUAAAACAGAAACUAAUCACCCUCUAUUAAGUCUACUAAUCAAUGAUUAGUUAAUCAAACUUGUAUUACAAAGACGAAACUAGUAAUUGAUGCGUUGAACCGUACAGUGUUUUCAGUUACGUACAUAAUCUUUGAUUAGUCCAAGGCAAAGAUACGGUCUAGUGAUACUUAAAUCAUGUUCAAAUUCAAUGUUACAUGUAAUCAAUAGUGUAGCAAAAUAUCCAUAAGAAAAUUAAUCACAUCAAUAUUAGUCAGGAGACAAGAUAAACAAAGUUGUCUGGAUUAUGCCAGACAGUUAGCAUGCAGUCAUGCGUAGUCGCGUAGGUCGCUCCACAUCCUCGUUUGCUACUCCUUUUCUUUUUUCUUUUCGAAAUUUUAAUUUGUCUAAUACCUACGUGUAUUUGGAAAAUGUUUAUAACAAGUGGAUUUGACAAAAAUAAAAUAAAGUUAUUUCAGUGGACAGGAAAACUGAGGGAACAUGAACUUUGGAGAAAGCACAAUUUCAAGACUCGUCUCUGAAAAUGUUCUAAAAAGACUUGUCUGUUCAUAUACUUUUUGCUUCAAAUAACAUUGCAUUUUUUUGUAACAUAAAACAUAUCAUUAUCGACAAUUCAUUGUAACUUACUAGGAUUAAUAUGUUUGUUGAGUUAAUUAGUUUCUUCGGAAAAUUCAAAUGCUCUUGAUUAUUGAUACUUCUUGCACGUUGUAUUUUUUUAUACUUCUUACUUCUUAGGGUAUUUGAACGUAGAUUUUGAUUUCUCAACAAAAAAUGACCACAUAAUUUUCAUUUGUACAUUAAAAGAAAAAUAUAACUGCGAAUUCGUACAGAUAAAAUAAAAUCUAAUUAAAAAUUGUUUCAUCCGUAAAUCAUAAUUUUUAAUCUUGACUACUGAUUCAACAGUUCCCCGUAUUUUAUGAUUUUGUAUUUUGAAAUGUGAUUAAUUAAGCAAAGAGAUAUGUCUACUACAUUAAACAUGUUAAGUUGUAUGGUUAAUUUAGUGGAGACUUUGAAGCAAGGCCAGGUUCAAGUUAUGUUUGAUUGCAUUUGCAUGGUGGAACACGAGAAAAGACAUGUGGGAUUGUGUUUUACAUCCUCUUAGUGUGAUAAUUGAUAAUUGUAUUAGUUUUGUUCGAUUGUCGAAACUUAGAAAGUAAUAUUCCAAUUUCUUGGGUGUGAUGAAGUCAUUAAUAUGCAUUUUAUCGGUUUUUAUCAUAAGUGUGUAAUAUUUUAAACAUAUACUGUAUUGUAUUAACUGAAAAUUUAACCAUGCAUGCAUGAAUCCACAAGUUCUCUACAUAUACACACCCUCCACAAGUGUAUUCUCCUUCAAAUCACUUCUGCUUAUUAGCUUACCCUAAAAAAAGACAGAAACAAAGUUUCAGUUCUGCUACUUCUGUUCAACAGAUAAGUUAUUUGGAAGCCUAAAAAUGGAAACGAAGAGGGAGAUGAUGAGCCCAGAGAGAUCAAAGCAGAAGAAGAGAUCAAUAAGUAGAAGAUGGGGAAAGUAUAUGAAAGAACAAAAGGGAAGGAUUUACAUCAUCAGAAGGUGUGUGGUCAUGCUCCUUUGUUCGCAUGACUGAACCAUUAAAAAAGUGUAUAAACAAUGGCCAAGUUCAAAUGUAUGUAUGCAUGUUACAUGCGUGUGUAUGUGUGUUUAUGUGUGCAUGUGGGUAACUAGUUAAGUGAGGGAAGAUCGUGUUAGAGUAGGGUAAAAACCGGUCUGCUUGGUUUAAUUUUGUGAGUUCUACCGAAUUGUAUAUAGUGUGUGACCUCAAUCCAUCGUUGGUUGUUCUUAAACUAAUAUUUUACAUUGUGCAAUAAUUUCAUACUUUUUCAUAAUUUAAGAAUUAUAUCGUAUGAAUAAGUUGUGAUAGUUCAUCAGAUUGAUUUAUCAAGAGAUACAGAAUAACAAUGUUUUGGACUCGAGUUUCAUUGACCUUUAGUUAUAUAACUACAAAUACGCACAACACAAAUUUUCAAUCCCAUAGUUAGUCAAAAAUAAUGACCACUACUUCAGAUAAGUGCUUCUUCUACUACUUGCAAAGUUGCAAUACCGCAUGAUUCUUCAUCAUCAUUGGAAGAACUCUCUGAAUGAGCAAGCCUUUCGCUUGCGCUUUAAGUCAUCUGCAACACCAUCAUCGUAUUGUUUGUCCCUAUACCUCUCUUGUGAGGAGGUCUCAAAGCCUGGUGUUUGAAAAAUCGUGAUACUCUCGUCAUCCCUAUUUCUGAAAGAAAAGCAAAUAGAACCUCUCUCCGUACAAGGGAAGAACAUAAUCUUUUAUAUCUUUUUAAAUUUUAAUAACGUUUAUAAAUUUCACGAUAUUUACUACUUCCUUUUUUUUUCUUGGAUAACAAAAUCUAAAUAGUGGAAUGAAAGGUAGAUAUUGCGAGUUUUUAACACAAAUUUAUUUAACGACAAAAAAAGACACAGAUUUAUUAAUUUUAAAAUUAUAUAAAAAACUAAAACUUGUCAAAGAAACAACUUUAAGUUUACAAUGAGAGUCCUAUACGAAACUUCUAUUAAUGCCAUAAAUCACAAUGUAUUACU